UUACCUGGCCCUGGGUGAGUCCAAAGUGGGCUCGAUAAGUGGGCGCAACCGUAGUUGAGGGCUGUAUUUACAUGACAACACCAGUAACCGACAUCCAUACUACAAGCACACGCACGUCAGAACUACCAUACUACAAGCACACGCACGUCAGAACUACCUAUCAAUCAAGUUUGCCUCGUGUAUUUCUCAAGUGGACUACCUUGGUACCCAGGUACUCAUUCGAGUUGCUGACAACCAACAUCCAACUGCAAAACCAAAACAAGCGUCCUCGUAACCAUGGUAAGAUCUAGGUCCCUCGCGACUUCCCGAUCUCCACAAUAUUACAGCAUCUGCAUCCGCAGCCCCCUUCCGAAAAAGCUCUGACUGACAACGAAUCCCAAGUCCAUGUCAUACAAACCGUCACCUCUCUCCUACGGUUCGCCGAGAGCCUCUCCUUUCCGUAGACCAGAGAGUCCCGCAUCUCCCUCUCCUCUCCGACAAACCACCCCUACUCCCUCCCCCACCAAGAUGGCAACCCCCUCUAGAUUCGCUCAGACUUCGACCCCACCCAUAGAGUCAAAACCAGACUCGAAUUCUUGGACCCCUCGAGGACUGGCAGCAUUCGCGACAUCGUCACCAAAGUCUCCCAGUCGAGAACGAGACCAUUCUCCCACACCCGUGCGAGGGACUAGUAGUCCCGGAUUCGGCGGCAUGCUCACCAACAGAAAUCAUACCGUAGAUGCAAGUAGUGCACUGUCAAGACUUCAGCCAGCACAAGUCAGAGAACUGAGGGAAGGAUUUCAGAUCUUGGACCGAGAUAGUGACGGCCAAGUUGGAAGAGACGAUGUUGCUGAUAUGUUAGCACAAUUGGGUAUGCUGACCUCCACAUAUUCUCCGUAUCUUGUCGCUAACAACACCGUGCAGGAUUAUCUGCCAAUGCCUCUGAAAUCACAGCAUUCUUUCCUCCGUCGACUUCUCAGACGAUAACCCUUCCAGCCUUCUUAAAUACGGUUGCGCCGCUGCUUGCUACCCUUUCUCCUUCUGCGGAAAUGCUUUCGGCAUUUUCUGCGUUUGAUGAAGAUGACAGUGGUCAAAUUGAUCUCAAUGAACUCCGGGAUGCGUUACUACAUACCGCGCCAGAUCCCGGCGAGAAAGCAUUGACAGAGAGGGACAUUGAUAAAGUCAUGGGCGGUUUUACAUCACGAAGAGCAUUUGGAAAACAUUCUGGUGGUGGUAUGGGAAGGCGUGGGGAGGUCUUCAAAUACCAGGAAUUUGUUGCCAGUGUUGCUGGCGGUCCAAGUGUCGAUGGUAAAACAGAGAAGGACGUUUGAACGAGUUACUUGAAUGGGUUCUAUCACGACGGUUUUAGCAAGAAACAUGAAGGAAUAGGGAAUAAAUGGUUAUGAAAAAGGAUGGGGGUGGCGUCCUUGAAUGGGAAGGCGCUAUCUAAGCUUGGCUAACAAAUACGCUGGCUGUAUGAUAUAAUUUUAAGCAGUGGUUUUGAAUAAUCCACGCCGCAUUACACUAGAUCACUCUCUCUAAGUCGGGCAGCUUGCUUUGACAGACGAAGCUGCCUAGGGGCGGAUAGAUUGAGUUCAAGCCAGUCCAACAAGAAGUAUUCU